AUGACAUUUAGUUUGGGGGAGGUAAAAAUUGCAAUUUGUGCAGCGGCAUUGAUCACAUCAAUAUACCCAGUUCAGGGUCUCAUUCUGGAUCUCCAUCAUAGAGUGUUCCCUUCAUGUAUAGAUGUUUUCGAGGGAACCCUCAGUGGUGGUGGUAUUUAUAGGAUGUUUCACUCGAACCGCACACCAAUCGGUAUUGUUGAAUACGGAGAGCAGGAUGUGCCUGAAGUAAUAAGUUGUGAUAUUUCAUCAACAGAUGUCUAUGUUCACGAGUAUGUACGUGACAAUAUCCAGAUUAUUGGUGUCACACAAAUUUACGUCGCUAAUGUGACACAUUUGCGCUCUAGAUAUUACCUAAUUAGCGGUGGUGAGUGCAAGGCAAUAUCGCGUCAAGAUAAAUUGAACUUUCUAGCAGGCCCUAUUUCACUAAAUCUUGAUCUAUAUGCUGAUAAAAUGCAUCCAUUUAUAGUAAAAAAACCUGCAGAAGGGGCAGACCAGUAUACUGAAUGGGCCCUUCUUCCGCAUUCAGCUGGUCGUUUAAGUGAAACUACAGUUCAACGUUUGCGAUUUCGUGGAGAAAAGGUCGUCAUAUCACCUGUUCUAAACAUUGACAAAAAUUUUCGUGAUCCGAAUUUUCCUUCACCAUCACUCAGUUCCCAUAUCAUUAUGCUCCGUAUCGGACCAAGGGGAGAUCAUAUGGUGAUAUAUGUCAAAGAAGGAAAACGUCUUUUACGAUUCAAUUUAUACUUGCCUCCGGUUGAAGAUGGCAUCUUCAAACCGCGAAAUAUAAUAGAUGCAUCGUACAAAUUCAUUGGCUCGAAGACGCCUUCUCACCCAUCGAAAUAUAUUAGCUUAUACAUAGACAUCUCUAGCACUCAAACCAGUCAAGCGGACGUCAUCGUUCUAGCGAACCUAAAAAGGGGUGAUUGGUUGUAUACGCAAUACACCGUUGUACCCUUAAGGGAGCAGCGCUUUGUGUUACUUAGCGUCAUAAAUUCGGCACAAAACUGUGAGAUAUACCGAACAGCUGAUGAUCUGUUCGUCACGCACGUCGAAGUUUUCGAACACGUAACACAUUAUUGGCAAUACGUCGUAGUAAACAUCAAGGUGGUGGAUGCUGGUUCUUCCUCGAGAAUAAAUACAUAUAUAGACGCCAAGAGGUUAUAUGUGCGCCAUGUGCAGGAACAAGGCAUCGUAUACUUUGAUGUGACCGAUGAGGAUCUGUCUCUGCAUCUAGAGAUGAUAUACAACAUCAAUACACUCGUGGCAGGUGGUGACGGCACAAACCAUACCAAUAUGACGGCUGUGUUGGCAUGA